AAGGUUACAAAGUGCACAAGGACGAAGAGAAAUUCAACAACAAUGGACGCGCGUUGACUCCCGUUCUUGUCGAGGAAUUUGAAGUAAGUCGCAGUAGCUCUUCUACUCGAAGCCCUAAAUCUCAGGAGAGGGACGGACACCCAGACAGGAAUACGGUGACGAUAUUCGUGGAGUGGGACAAGUGGAUCCCGGCACGUACAUUAUACUUCUGUCACGAGGCUUGUAGAAAGCCAGCUAGAGAGAGACUGAAAAGGGAAAGUGAGCUGAGCUACUUUUGAAUGACGAGCAGCAGUGUCGCCGCCGUUCAGGCGACGAAUGAUGAUGCAUCCGCUUCGAAAUUAUCUUGUGUGAAUAAAGGGUACUUUGAAGACAAAUUCGUUAAAUAUUUCGUGAGAAGACCUGUGAGGAGAUCUCCGAUAAUCAAUCGCGGAUAUUAUGCACGAUGGGCAGCCAUGCGGACCCUCUUGAUGCAGUUUCUUGAUCUAUCGACGAGAUCCGAUGGAACUCGACGGAAGCAAAUUUUAUCCAUCGGGGCCGGCUUUGACACUUUGUUCUUCAAUCUUCAUGAGGAAGGAAUGAAGCCCGAUCUCUUUGUUGAGAUAGACUUUCAAGAGGUAACAAGUAAGAAAGUCGCUAUUAUUUCGUCUCAUGAGCAACUCAUGAGUACGCUUGGUCCUCAUCCCAUCAUUUCUAAGGACAAGGGAGAGAUUAUGAGUGAGCAUUACAAACUUUUACCCGGGGAUUUAAGAAAUCUCAGUGGGUUGGAUGACGUUUUUAAGCAGGCUCAGCUCGAUCCUAGUUUGCCAACUUUGAUUCUUGCGGAGUGUGUCCUCAUAUAUAUGGAACCUGAGGCCAGCCGUGAUGUCAUAAAAUGGGCUGCAGAAAAGAUAUCGACAGGAAUUUUUGUACUCUACGAGCAGAUUCAUCCGGACGAUGCGUUUGGACUUCAAAUGAUGAGAAACUUGAAGAGCCGGGGCUGUCCCCUCCUGGGUCUCGAUGACACCCCAACUUUGGAAUCUAAAAAGAAGCGCUUCACUGACCUAGGCUGGCAGAGAGCAGAUGCUAAGGAUAUGGAUGCUAUAUAUAAUCAAUGCCUGGAGGCGAGUGACCGACGAAGGACUGAAAGACUGGAAAUUUUUGAUGAGUUUGAGGAGUGGCAUAUUAUGCAGGAACACUAUUGCGUUGCUUACGGUAUCAAUGAUCCAACUGGCAUGUACGAGGCAUUUGGAUUUGUGGCGAAAUGAGCUUGUUUCACGGGUUGAAGUCAUGGGCAUUCGGAAAUAGGACAUCCACUUGAGUUUUUCAGUCGAAGCUCAGUUCUAUUUAUGAGAAGACAGUGAGGAGUUUAGCUAUGAAGGAGAUAUCUUGGAGGUUGGAAUUUCACGUUUCCUACAAAUAAGGCUUUGCAAGAGGUAGUAAUCAAUGUUAUUGAAGUAAUUUGGGCCAAACCCUUGCACUGUACAGAUGGUAAACCUAGAAGAUGAGCAAGUUGCCUGAUGGGGUCUUCCCACACUAUUUUGUUAUUCACUUGGCCCCCGACCGUUUGAAUGUGAAGAAGUCGCGGUACUCGUAAUUUUUUACGCUACACAGUGAUGAAUC